UUCCAAUCAGUUGGCAUUGCGCAUCGCGUUCGACCUGCAUUCGUCUCGGUCCGUUGACGACACCGUAGCCGUUUCGCGACUGUCUCCCCAAUACGGUGGCCCGUGACCUUACGGCUAAUCUAAGUGGCGGUUUAUUUGUUUUGCCCAUUUAGAUCUGGGCUUCAAAAGUCCAAUUUUAACUUCGCAAGAGGGCUCUCAAAUCCGCGACAAGUGGUUUGCUGACGCGCGAGCUCACGGAAAUCUCCGACACUGUGGUUUGGCCUCGCUGCUUCUGCUUCUACGGCACUCGCCAAACAAAGCUUGCGCAACUCCGAAAAAAUAUUAAGUAAGAAGUGAUUUCUUGCCAACAAGCUCUGCGUAUUACCUCUGGACGGUGCGUGUUUUUAUUUUCGUUUGUCGUCGCCGUGGUCGCGCCGAAGAGAGUGAAAGAAGAAGUGUAGGUUAUUGAGUUGUGUGGUGCAAGUGUCCAAAGUGUAACCAAAGCGAUUAACACCACGGCCGAAGUGGUUAACGUGAUCCUGCCGUCGAUUUUGAACACCUCGACGGAUAGCGAAUCAAACGAUUUAUUUAUAAACGGUCGUGUAAGGCGCUGGAAAGUGAGCAAUAUUUGGUUUGAAGUGUCCAGCUCAGAGGAGAACCCCCAGGGAAAAUCUGCCACCAGAGGAACCAGUUUUUCAGCAGUGAUUCGACGAUUUUCCGAAACUUCUGUAUUUCAUCAUCAUGAAGCCGUUCAGUUGGAGUACGAGUGUGUUGGUGGUCCUGUGCCUUGGGGCCUGUGCUUUGGCCGCCCCGUCCAGCAAUGUCCGGGUGAAGCGCGCCGAUACCGAACUCAGCGAUGUGGAGCUUGUUGGAGCUGAGGACGCCUCCCUCAGCAACGACCUUGACCGUGACAAGCGAAAAAUUCCCGACCCCAAGUUCGAAGCUAAGAACGCCAUCCUCGGAUUCGUUUUCGGAGCCAGCAAACAAUCGGGUGCCCAGGCAAGUCAGGCCGUCAAAGACGCUAUAAAUCCUACCAGACCUCCCCCAACGUCAACAACUGACGACACUCCGGACUUCAACCGCCAAAAAGUCUCCCUUCAAGUGCCGGACGCCGUCUUUGGAAGCUCGUUCUCUCUCAUUACCAACAUCUCAACGCAAUUCGGUAACCUGAUCAUGAACUCCGCUCGUCGUGCUGGACAGUUCCUGUGGAUCGUUCAACCGCUGAUCGGUAAGCAGCUGACCAUCGAGGUUCCAACUACGACUACCACCACGCCAAGGACGACAACGACCACCAGGGCUACCACAACCAGUACUACCACCAGUUCUACAACGACCACCCUCAGAGCAUCGACCAGCACCUUUACGGUUGUCAGUUCUCGAGCCGAUACCAAUGAGAUCAAAUAGAUUUGUCCGACCUUAUCGGUGAAAGCUAAUAACUGCCAAAUUUCGCACAGGGGAGUCUUGAAACAUUGGUGAUGAACAACUAUUAGAGUUAAGGGAUGAUAGGGAGUAGUGGAAUAAGUGAAUAAGACGCAUGUUACCCCCAAACUAUUUAUUUCCAGAUUAGAACGUAAGAAACACGAACCAUGGUGAAGCAGUUACCUUUAGAUUAAGUUGUCAGAAUAAAAGUUGUUUUAUGGUUUUUGUCUUUUA